AUGAUUCGUCACCUCUUAUUUACGGUGUCUUUUGUUGGAAUUCUUGCCGAUCUUCCUGGAUGGAAUUUGUUGUUUGGAACCGAUGUUUUAAAUGAAACUUAUAAAGAACCACUAACAUUCGAUAACCCUGUUCCUAAAUGGAUCAAAGGGUCUUUGAUAAGAAAUGGACCUGCGCGAUAUGGAAUGGGGAAACACUCAUUUCGUAACGUUUUUGAUGGGUAUGCAAAGUUGUAUUCAUGGCAAUUCCCAGGAAAUGGGUCCGCCUAUUUCUCUUCCAAGUUUGUUCAAAGCAAGUCUUAUAAAGAAUCACUUAGCAUAAAUGACGUCGCACCUUACCAGACAUUCGAUAAUCUUGUCCCGCCCAGAACCUUUAUGGAACAGGAGAUGUCAGUGGUUAAUGGCAUGGACAAUAUGAACGUUAAUAUAUACAACUUUUCAGGAGACUGUGUUAUUCUAACUGACAUGUGGAAGUUAUACGUAGUCAACUGCUAUACGCUAGAAACGAUACGAGAAUGCAAUCCAAAGAUACCAGGAGCAAAGGCUAGUUUCCCGUAUAUGGGUAUUUUGUCUGUGGCGCAUCCGCUCCAAGAAUACGGCACAAACCACCACUUAACCUUCCUCCAGAGUCAAGGCAUGGUACCAGAAGUAGCUAGUAAAUUUACCCUUGUCCGAACGAAGUCUGCAGAUAUUCGGGAAAAAAUAGCAGAGUGGGAAGUUAAAAAAAUGCCAUAUUUGCACUCUUUUUCAACCACCGAAAGAUACGCUAUUAUCUUAGCUUGUCCUUUAUACAUAAAUAUUGAGAAAUUACUGACAGGUCAUCUCCCGGUAGAUAGCAUGUUUUUCGACAAAGAUGAGCCUACACUUACAUAUAUAGUUAACAUUAAAACAGGAAAGGUAACAACGUUAACGACAGAAAAUGUCUUCACCUUGCAUCAUGUAAAUGCAUAUGAACUGGACGAAGACACCAUUUUUAUGGAUAUUGUAUCUUAUCCAGAUGCUGCUGUUGUGUCCGUCUUGGAAAUGGAUAUUAUUAUGAACGAGACACGACGCAAUGCCUAUCCAUUUAAACCCUCUUUGAAAAGAUUUAAAAUAGACUUGAAAGCAGAAAAAAUGACGCCAAUUUCUUUUGAUGUUAACCCUAAAGUCCCCCACGUCAACAUGUUGGAGGCACCCACCAUUAACGAACUUUACAGAUCAAAACACUACUGCUAUGUCUACGGUGCUGUUUAUAAAAGCGACUUUAAAAUAUAUGGCAAUUUUUCGUUUGUCAAAAAGGAUCUUUGCAACACUACAGGCGACUUGUCAUGGUCUCUUCCAGGACAUUAUCCAAUGGAAGGAUGGUUUGUUCCGGAUCCAAACGGAUCAGCAGAGGAUGAUGGAGUCCUCAUGCUUCCAGUGCUAGACGGAAAUCUGGGCAAAAGUUAUCUUUUAAUUCUUGAUCCUAAAACAUUGAAACCUAUCACCAAAUCUUACAUGCCUUUCAAUAUCCCUUUCCACUUUCAUGGACGAUUUAUCAAGAAUUUGUUUUAAGAUGCUUUUGAUUUUUGUGUUUUUCUUGCUU